CAAAAUCUCUCUCCGCCUCGCGUCGCUUCAUUCACUUUUCAAUUUCCUUUCUCCUCCUCAAAUAAUCGGGCACGGUUAUUUCUCUCGCUCCGCUCGCUUUCCUAAUCCGCUAGCGGGCAAGAUCGAGACCUAGAGCGGCGGGGCUGAGGGCCUAAGGCGAAUGGCGGUGGAGGAGGCCGCGGAGAGCUGCGGCAGCCACGACGCGGCGCCGGGCGGAGGGGCGGCGGCAGCGGCCUCCGGGCCCGCGACGUCCUCCUCGUCGGCGGGCGCGGUGGCGCAGGCGCGGAAGCAGCAGCAGCAGCAGCGCCACAAGCUCGAGGUGCACACGGAGGUGCUCCGACGCCUCCACGACGCCGGAUUGCCCGAGGCGCGGGCGCCCGGGUUCGACGACGAGCUCUGGAACCACUUCAACCGCCUCCCUGCCCGUUACGCGAUGGAUGUGAACGUGGAGAGGGCGGAGGACGUGCUCACGCAUAAACGGCUGCUGGAGCAGGCGAGGGAUCCGGCGCAGCGCCCGGCUUUCGCCGUGCGGGCGGUGCAGGUAUCUCCAAUUCUUGAUGGGAAUCAGACUGAUGCUGAUUCGAACACUGCAGGGGAGGAAGUUGCUUCAAGGCUGUUGAACAGGCAACAAAGCAUACACCCUCCUCCCGCCUUCGGUUCUUCUACAAAUCUUGAGGCCCUUGCUCUUGAAGCUAGCAAGUCUCAAGGCCAAGAUCAUGAUAGCACCUCUGAUAAUGUUCGAUCGCUCUACAGGCCCAUGCAUGAAAUCACCUUUUCAACCAUUGACAAGCCAAAGCUUCUCAGCGAGCUGACAUCUCUGCUCGGUGAACUUGGUCUAAACAUUCAAGAAGCUCAUGCAUUUUCAACAAAUGAUGGUUACUCACUCGAUGUCUUUGUUGUUGUUGGUUGGCAUGAUGAGGAAACAGAGGAUUUAAUAGAAGAAGUACAGAAGGAAAUUGGCAGGAUUGAAGAAACACAAGCAUGGUCUUCUUCUCAUUCAUGGUCUACUCCAGUUGAAAAUAUGCAGAUUAUUGAGAAUUCAACAGCUGAUCGUGUUGAAAUACCAACAGAUAGUGCUAGCGAAUGGGAAAUUGAUGUAAAACUACUCAAGUUUGGGAAUAAAGUAGCAUCCGGAUCAUAUGGUGAUCUUUACCGGGGUACAUAUUGCAGUCAAGAUGUUGCUAUUAAAGUGCUGAAACCUGAGAGGAUAAAUGCGGACAUGCAGCGGGAAUUCGCCCAGGAAGUGUAUAUUAUGAGGAAGGUUCGUCACAAGAAUGUUGUGCAAUUUAUUGGUGCUUGCACUAAACCCCCAAAUCUAUGUAUAGUCACAGAAUAUAUGUCCGGUGGGAGUGUGUAUGAUUACCUCCAUAAACAUAAAGGUGUUUUCAAGCUCCCUGCUUUAGUUGGAGUUGCAAUAGAUGUGUCAAAAGGCAUGAGCUACUUACACCAGAAUAAUAUUAUUCAUCGAGAUUUGAAAACUGCCAAUCUUCUAAUGGAAGAAAAUGGGACUGUUAAAGUUGCUGAUUUUGGUGUUGCUCGUGUUAAAGCUCAAUCUGGAGUUAUGACUGCAGAGACCGGUACUUACCGUUGGAUGGCCCCAGAGGUCAUAGAACACAAACCCUAUGACCACAAGGCUGAUGUUUUUAGUUUUGGAAUUUUGUUGUGGGAACUACUCACAGGGAAGAUUCCUUAUGAGUACCUGACUCCACUACAAGCAGCUGUUGGUGUGGUGCAAAAGGGAUUACGGCCUACAAUUCCAAAAAAUAUUCAUGCAAAGCUUGCUGAGCUUCUUCAGAAAUGUUGGCAACAGGACCCUGCUCAAAGGCCAGACUUCUCCGAAAUAUUAGAAACUCUUCAGAGAACAGCAGAGGAGGUUGGAGAUGAGCAUGAGGGGAAGCACAAGGAUAAAAUAUUGGGUGGCUUCUUUUCGGCUCUGAGGGGACGGGGACAUUGAGACGGUGAAAAUAUACAUGGUUUCAUUCAUUUGGAAGGAUCUUAGCAAUAAUCUGUGCCAGUUCCUCAUGCCCGGCGCCAGCACACAUAUUAAUAGACCUGCUGCAAUUGACUGAAGUGACAGUUUUUAGCCGCAGUCUUGUGCCCAUCAGCUGUCAGUCAUAGUCUAUCUGUUUGUUAUUCUUGAGUUCUGUCACAUGAUGUAACAUAGGAGAGAAUGCAUGUGAAUUGUACAUUAUAUCAGUCUGAUUUUUCUAACAUAUUGUAAUCUUGCUAUAGUUGAAAUAAUAAGCCAUGUUUAGGCUGUGCUAUGGUUCUUUAAGAGUCCA